CAGUGGGAGUGGUUAACUUGGUUAGCGUUUUUUUUCUCUUGAUCGGCUCAAAGACGGUUUUUUGUUUUUUACUUGACGAUGGCGUCCAACGGUUCGACAGUUGUUCCGGCGGAUGUUUACCGACACUUUUUUGAAACUUUUAAAUCGACAGUUAAUGUAAAUGACCCGUUACCAGUGAAGGUUGGAUCGCAUAGCAUUCACGAGAAUGAAGUUGACGGGGAAAUCGUCGAUUGGACUCUGCAGUACCUUCAACAAAAAAAUUGUCCUUCUAAACUGCUUGCACAUCUGGUAAGUCUUAUUUUGUGGGAAGUACGCUUUUGUAUAAGCAAAGAUGAUGUUGAUGGUGCCGUGAACAAAGAUAUUAAAGGUUACGAACCAGUAAAGUUGAUGCAGCUAGUGACAUCCAAGAUCAAUAAUGUUUGUUUUGAAUUCCUCAACAACCAAAAGUUUGAGAGUCUGUGCACCGAGCUUUCUUUCAGCAACAGGCCCCUUCAUCCUGUGUCUGUUCAUGCCAUCAGAAAUGGCAGACGGAAGAUGGAGGAUAGACAUGUAGUGAUUCAAGACCUGAACACCAUUUGCUCGAUUCGAGAUGAUGUGCCCACAAGCUAUUACGCAGUGUUUGACGGGCAUGCCGGCACGGACGCUGCAUUUUACGCUGCUUCUCAGCUUCACGAGAAAUUAGUGCGCAAUUCCAAGUUUGCCACGGAGCCGAGCGAAGCUUUGAGAGAAGCCUUUUUAGCCACUGACUUGGCGUUUGUUACAGAACACGAAAAUGAGAGAUUGAAAGGUGGAACAACAGCGGUGGUUAGCUUGAUUAGGGGAAAUUUACUUCUAACGGCUUGGUUGGGAGAUUCUCAGGCCGUCUUGGUGAGAGAUGGCGUCGCUACGCAGCUGGUCAAUCCUCACAAACCGGAUCGGAGUGACGAGAAGGAAAGAAUAUCAAAUCUUGGUGGCGAGGUGAUUUUCUGGGACGGGGCCUACCGCGUCAACGGACAACUGGCCGUGUCUCGAGCCAUCGGCGACGCCAGCUACAAGCCUUACGUGACGGCCGAGCCCGACAUGGUGGCCGUGACGCUGGAGGGCCACGAGGAUUUCUUGAUCAUCGGCUGCGACGGCCUUUGGGACACGAUCGGCGUGGAUGAAGCCGCCUUCAUCGUGCUCCAGUACCUCCACCACGAGACUGACAUAAGCGGACUUAGUGGCCGUUUGGUGCAGGCCGCCAAACAGAAAGGCUCUACCGACAACAUUAGCGUCAUCGUCGUCUUCUUCCGCGAACCGGAACUGAUAGCUAGACGGCCGCUCCCACCCGUUCCAACCUCAGUCCAGACGAACAACACGCCCAGCAUGGAACAGCAACAAGAAGAAUACGAGAAAUUAGCCGCCAAGUGGGGCUGGAACGAGCCGCAAGGAGGUGCCGUCUUUGACGAAUCGUCGUGGCAGCAACAGCAACCGGCCGACGAAGACGGACACCAUCAGCAGCCGCAAAAUCCUUUCGAUUCGAGCAGCGGCAAUCCGUUUGGCAACGGCGAUCAAGACGGCCUGAUGGCCGAAGAGGAGCAAGACAAUCAUUUCUACCAGGGGGCGCAUUCGUCGUCGGAAUUUGACGCUGUCCAUUCGCCUUCCGAGUUCCACGCCGUCAAUUGGCAACAACAGCAACAAGAGCAUGGCGAUUCGUUUAACGGCAGCGAUUCGGCCGAAACGCCCGAAGUCACCGAUGGAUUAACGGCCCAAUGGGGCUGGAAGGACCCCGAAAUUGAAGCCCUGGAGAUCGAGGCCGGCCGCGACUCUGCCGAGCAAGCGCCGCACUUUGCCGCUACGUCCGUCGUUCCGCUACCCGAUGAUGCAGACAUCGAUUUGGACGCGGCCCGCGAUCAGUACGAGAAAGUUGCGGCCAAAUGGGGCCGCGAGCUGGAACUAGUUGAUACCGACGUCGUGACGUCUGAGUCGAAAUCGGAUUUCCACUUGAGCAGUGAUGGAUCGACGUGGGACCAGACGCCUGGCAAUAGCCAGCCGGCAGGUGUCGACUGGAACCAGUACGACGAGGAGCUCAGUGGCCAGCCUAGUCUGAUCUUUGUAGGUCAAUCGGAAGAGCCGGCGUCCACCGAGCAAGUCAUUAGUCCUAUCGAAGAUUUGAUUAGCGUCAGCGACAUGAACGGCCGCGCCAUCACCGAAGCCGACCGUCAAAUGUGGGCGUCCGAGGAGAAUUCCGUCUCGUUCCCUCCAGUUACCGAUCCGGUAGCCGAAGAUGAAAUGGCCGAGGAAGAGCAGGAGGAGGACGGCGACGAUGUGCAACAAGACUUUCAUCGCGAAAUGCAACAAGCACCAGCAGCCGCCGCCGUCGUCGACGGAUCCUUUGUUGACGAAGGCAUCGCCGGAGACGAAGCGGAUUUUGUUGUUAGCUCGUCGUCGUGCAUCGUCGACUCCAAUGUUGCCGAUUGUCAGCCAGAUAUCCUUGAAGCGAGUGAAGCAAGAGCAGAAGCGGCCGUCAUUCCUGCGGCAGAAAAUGAUCCGGAUUUUCACUGGAAUCUACACGCCCCCGAAUUCGAAUUCCGCCCUAGUGAGUCGUCGCCAUUGGAAAACCAACAGCAGCAACAGCAACAGACCGAAGUGGAGUCAGAGGCGGCGGUGGUGAGCUCGAGUGAGCGUAAACUCUCCGCUACGGAACUUUUGAUUCGUUCGUCCAACGAUGCCCAGCUUGCCGUUCUUUUGGCCGCGGCUAAUGACGACCCUGACGAAAUGGAACCCCAAGAGCUGAACAUUUCGCCUCGCUCCGACGCUCUAGACGAUAUUCACAACGCGUCCAACGCAAUUAACGAGUCGAAAGCAGACGGUACCGUUGACGAGGUGGAAGAUUCUGAGGAUGAUUGGACUUUCAGUGAUUACAGGCAGCCAGAAACCACAAAGGAGGAAAGUGUCACUAACAUUGAAACAGCAGACACAAGCUCUGGGCUUGAAUUGGAACCUGAAAGCAAGACAGACGAAACCUGUGUCCAAACCAAUUGCCAGGCUGAUGAUCUUGGCAAUCAACUAGAAAGGUUGACUGUCGAAGAUUUUGAAUCAAAGACCACCAUUCCAGCUUCUGAGCAAGAAAAAAUUGUAGAAGUUGAAGCUGUUUCUCAAUCUGUUGAAGUUGAGGAAGCUAAUGUUCCUCAGCCUGCAGCACUUGUUCCUCAGCCUACGGAGUUUGUUCCUCAGCCUACAGAAAUUGUUUCUGAGCCAAUGGCAAUUGCUCCUGAGCCAAUGCAAAUUGCUUCUGAGCCAGUGCAAAUUGUUUCAGAGCCUGAAGAAGUUGUUUCACAGUCUGUUGAAAUUGAAGAAGCUAAUGUUCCUCAGUUGAAAGAAGAAGAGACUCCAGCACCCAUCCAGCAGGUAGAAGAAACUCAAUCUACCGUCAUUUCGUCAACUGUUCAAGAACCUGAGCCAGCAGCCGCUGUUGUUGAAGCCGUUCCGGAAGUCAAAGAGGUGGAUGUGACCAGCACGCAGGAAACUGUUGAAGCUCGACUUUUGGAGAGCCCAGUUUCCGACUCUGCUACCAUUGGUUCCGAAAUACCCGCUUUGGUUGUUACCGGAACUGCCAUCGGCGUUGCUACAGCGGCCGUUGCAGCAGCGAAAACGAAGUCUCCUGCCGCUAAGAAACCCAUAGCAGCUGCAAAGAAGACUACAACAAGCCCUGCGAAACCGGCCUCCAGUCCAGCUGGCAAACCAGCUGCGAAAGAACCGGCCAAGAAACCGGAACCGACUACGCGCCGAGUUGCGACCACUGAAGCCAAAACUUCAUCGGCAGAUGCCGCCAAACCAGCGCGUCCGACCAAACUGUCCCCAUUGAGAAAGGCCACCCCAGCAGCACCGUCAUCAACGACUCCUUCCAAAGUGUCUAGCACGGCACCAAAGGCAGCUCCAGCAACUACUAGACCUGCUACCAAACCAGCAGUGUCCGCUGUAACAUCGACUGUUAAGAAGACAACCACCACUACAACGACUACGACCCGCACCGUUACCGCCGCCCCGCCGAAGAGGGCCACAUCGGCGGUGAACGGAACGUCCGCUGCAUCCCCAUCGAAGACUUCGUCGCCGGCCAAACCAGCCGGGACUACAUCAACGGCCCGUCCCGCUUCUGCCGCUUCUUCCACACCUACCCGCCGUGUCGUUUCCGCUCCUACAAAAACUUCCAGUGCCACUAGUCGCCCUGCCGCCACCUCGGCCGCCAAAACUGCUGCAGCUACUACCAAUGGCGAUGUAAAGCCAAAACCCACUACUUCGGCGACUCGCACUCCGACCAAACCCGUUGCUAAUGGUACAACUACUACGAAAAGCAUUGCUCCCAGACCCACCGCAACCACCACGAAAGCUCCAGCCGCUAAACCCGCCACCGCCCCAGCUCGCUCGGCACCUCUUAAAGGUGUUGCAAGUAGAACUGCCACGCCUGGUAAACCGAUCGCCAAGACGGCUGCUCCAUCCAAGCCUGGUGCCACUAAAACCGGUGCUGGAACUCCAGCUCGAGGAGGAACGAAAUCAGCGACUACUACUUCAUUGACUGAAACAGCCACAACCGCAGCCGCUCCUCCUCCUGUGCCAGCCGCAGACAUUGACGUAGAGGAAGUUAAGGAGUAACAGAAAAAAAAAAAUAAUAAUAACAAUAAAUGUAUUUCAACUUUGGGAGCAUGGAGUAAAAAGAAGAAUAUUGGGGAAAAAAAUAUUUAAACAAGAAAGAAAAAAGCUGAAAACGCCCAACCAUUUUAUAAUACCCCCUCCUCCCUACGCCCGCUAUGUAUACCGCCCGUCUCUUUCAUUCGCUCAUGAUUCAUCGUCCGCAAGCUUUUGAACGUCUCGUUUUUAAUUUUUUAUCACUUGCGAUUGCUAAAGGCAAAAAACAGCAAAAAAAAAAAUAAUAAUAAAUAAAAAUAGUUGAAUCCGAGCCGAAGGAGAGGAUGAAAGAAAGAAA